AUGUCUUCAUCUAAGCAGGAGGAGCAACUUGCUCAGGAGUUGAGCUGCCCAAUUUGCCUCCAGCUCUUCUGCGAUCCGGUGGUCCUCCCUUGUGGGCACAACUACUGCCGGGCCUGCAUCUACAAGAACUCCGACACCGUGGACAUCAUGGGCAAAGCGCCGCCCCGUUGUCCGGAGUGCCGCGAGGAGUACCACAGCGUGGAGUCCCUGCAGAAGAACUUCAAGCUGUGCAACAUCAUCGAGGGCUACCGCGCCACGGCGCCCAAACCGGACGCGGAGCCCCCGGCUGACCCCGAGGAGCCGGCGGUCUUCUGCGACUACUGCAUAGAGAACAAGAGCCGGGCGGUCAAGAGCUGCCUCAAGUGCGAGAGGUGGCCAUCAAGGGCUGCGCCGUCCACCAGCGUCCCCUGGAGUACUUCUGCUCCCACGACAUGA